CCGCCGCCGCCGCCGCCGCCGUGCCCGGGGCUGUUUGUUGUGGGCGACUGUUAUGGCCUCCGUCGUGGGAGAGGCCGACUCCGUCCCGCCCGAGGUCUCCGCCCCGCUAGGGGACUCCUCCGAAGAGGCAGCCGGAGAGGUCUUGAGAGGCGCCCUGCGCUCGCUGCCGGCGCUGGUGGGGCAGCUUAAUAUUGGAGAAGAUGUGGUGAAAAUUAACAUCGACUGGAGCAAGCUUCAAAGUACAUCACCCACGUUGCUCUUUACUGCUCUGCAGCAGCAUAUAUCAGGUUUACAGCCAUUUAUAGAAAAACUCCAGUCUUUGAUUAAAGAAGAAAGCACUGUACCCAUUGAUGAUUCCAGUAAGACAGAAGGUGGAAAGUGUGAGACUAAUUCAAAUGUAAUAGAAAAAGACUUGCAGAUGGAAGUGACACAUGCAGCUUUUGGUUCUGCAAGCCUGAAAGAGGCUCAUGUUGAUUUUGACCCAGAAGUAGUGCAAAUAAAAGCUGGGAAAGCUGAAAUUGAAAGACGAAUAUCAGCCUUCAUUGAAAGGAAGCAAGCUGAGAUCAAUGAAAACAAUGUCAGAGAAUUUUGCAAUGUUAUCGAUUGUAAUCAAGAAAACAGUUGUGCGAGGACUGAUGCAGUGUUCACACCUUACCCAGGAUUCAAAAGUCAUGUUAAGGUUUCUCGAGUUGUAAACACCUACGGCCCGCAGACUAGAAGUGACAGUGCUCAUGGGUCCAGUCAUAAAGCUAACUCCCUUUCUCGUGAUUGUGGGAAUCAGGCUGUAGAAGAGAGGCUGCACAACAUUGAAGCACAUUUAAGGUUGCAAACAGGUGGACCAGUGCCAAAAGACAUCUAUCAAAGAAUAAAAAAGCUGGAAGAUAAGAUUCUUGAAUUGGAAGGAAUGUCUCCCGAAUAUUUUCAAUCUGUGAAUUUGUCUGGCAAGAGAAGGAAAAUCCAACAAAACCAAAACUAUUCUUUGGCUGAACUUGAUGAGAAGAUCAAUGCACUUAAGCAAACAUUGCUGAGAAAAACAAAUGAAGGGAGGCCCAAGGUUGUUGAUCAGCUUCUUUGAGUACAGUGAUGUGACUUCAUCGUGCUUUCAUGUGUACUUAACUCCUUUAGACUGCCCAAGUACUGUUUAUCUAGGCACUCUGUGGAAAUGAAACAUUACAUAUGAACCAGUCAAAUUCUUAUUGGAAACCUAGGUCAAGUGAACUUUUUUUCUUCAAAAUGAAGAAUGUUUUUAAACGUAGCCUUGUAAAUGUCUCUUCCCUUCUGAUGGAAAGGAGGGUCUGUAGAAACAAUAAAAAGAAAACCAUACAUCUUG